AUGCCGCUCACCUAUCGCGGCUAUAGCGUUAUGGUUAAAGUUGAUGGGGAAGAGCUGCCGCAAUUCCAAGUGGAGAAAACAGACGAGAGGACUAUAACAUGUUGGAUGCCCAGUGAGGCGGGAAAGACGUUCUUAGUUCAUACAACCACCACCACACCUCACGAGCAUGAGUAUAAAUCUGUCAGAGUGUUCGCAGACGGGAGAAAGUUACAAGGGUUUGCGAAUGAGGAUGACUACGAACAAACCGUACAAUACCGCGUUUCCUCUACGUCCAGGGAACCCUUCAUGUUCUCGGAAGUGGCCUUUGAGCUGGCAGAUGAAGAUCAUAGCGUGCACGAUAAUCAUUCCGUAACGGAAGACAUAGGUGUUAUUGAAGUCCAAAUCUGGCAAUCUCGUCGCUCAGAGAAACCAUACAAUAUCAAGCAUCAAGCUACACGACCGCACGCAGCAGAUGCCGGCAUCAAGCUUUCGGAGAAAUCCAAGUUGAUAGGUGCCAAUCAUGUCAAGCCAGGCAUCCCGGAGCCCUACUUGUGGAAGUCGGGUACGAUUUCAACCCAACGUAUAGGCAGGCAUCCCUACGCCGUCUUUCGUUUCAAGCAUCGACCUAAAGCACUGCUACAGGCUAUGGGAGUAAUGCCUCGUCCUGUUCGAGCUCCUACGCCACCCACCAUCACCCCGCCGCAACGUACACGCUCCCCUGGCCCACAGGAGGCAAGCAAUAAACGCCGACGCAUCGAUAAUGACGCUGAUGAAGAUGUGAAACCCAUACUGGGCGGCGUGGAAGACGCUGAUGCCCGGCGUCGACGCAUUGAGGAACGCAUGGCCGCUCUUCAGGCGGAACUCGCAGGCCUUGAUUCUCAAGAACCUGCCAAUGUCAAAGCCGAACGGGCACCUUCGCCGAUUACUGUCCCUCAGCAUGGGGAAGUCAUCGACUUGACACUGGAUGACUAA